AUGGCUGGUCGUUCCAUCUCCUACCUCCUCCUCCUCUUCCUCCUCCCCCUCGUUUCCGGCGAUGGCGCAUCCAUUUCCCGACAGCAACUUCUUGGCCUUUCCGAGGGCGACAAUGGCGACGAUCUCCCAAAAGACUUUGCCUUCGAUGUCGAGAUGGCCACCGGCAUUACCAACCUCCGGCUCCGUCGUGCCUACGUAGCCCUCCAGGCCUGGAAGCAUGCCAUGUACUCCGACCCCCACAACUUCACCGAGAACUGGCAUGGCACCGAUCUAUGCUCCUACAAAGGCGUGUUCUGUGCUUCAGCGCUCGACGACUCCUCUGUCGAUGUGAUCGCCGGCAUCGACCUCAAUGGCGCCGGCAUCGCCGGAUAUCUCCCUGCAGAGCUCGGCCUCCUCUUUGAUGCCGCCAUCUUCCACAUCAAUUCCAAUCGCUUCUGCGGCAUCAUCCCCGAGAGCUUCUCCCGCCUCAAGCUCCUCUACGAGUUCGAUGUCAGUAACAACCGCUUCGUCGGGAGAUUUCCUAAAGUCCUCCUCCGCCUGCCGGCGCUCAAGUACCUCGAUAUGCGAUUCAAUGAGUUCGAGGGCGCUUUGCCUCCGUCCCUCUUUAACAAACACCUCGACGCCAUUUUCGUGAACAACAAUCAUUUCACCUCUCCGAUCCCGGACAAUUUCGGUAACUCCACUGCCUCUGUCGUCGUGCUCGCCAACAACAAGCUCGGCGGGUGCAUUCCGACGAGCAUCGGGGAGAUGGGGAACACGCUCAACGAGAUCAUCCUUCUCAACAAUGAUCUCGGCGGGUGCUUGCCGGCGGAGAUCGGGUUGUUGAGCAAUGCGACGGUGGUGGACGCGAGCUGGAACUCCCUCGUCGGAGCGUUGCCCAAGAGCCUGAGGAAGUUGAAGAAGCUCAAGAAAAUGGAUUUGUCGCACAAUGUGCUCAACGGCAACAUACCCAAAGGAGUGUGUCAGUUGCCGAGUUUAACUAACUUCGUCUUCUCCUACAACUACUUCAAAUGGAUGUCGAAAGAGUGUGCGGCGGCGGCGGCGUCGACGAAGCCCAAUAAUGUUUUGCUAGAUGGAAAGAGGAACUGCCUCUCCCAUUUUCCCGGCCAAAAGCCGUCGUGGAUCUGCGGUGCAAUGGCGACUCAAUUUACCAAUUGUAGUCGAUUCAAGUGCGGGGCGUCGUCGACGGAGAAACCUACACCAAAGCCAUCUCCUAAAUCUCCAAAGCAGUCACAUGAGUCUCCCCUGCCACCAACACCAAAACCUGUUAUCUACUCUCCUCCAAUGUCAUCAAGUUCUUCUCUUCCAGUACAACCGCCGCCGCCGCCGCCGCCGCCGCAACCGCCAGUUGCGGUUCAGUCUCCACCUCCGUCGAUCUAUUCGCCAGUACCACCUUCAGUGCACUCUCCACCUACACCAAAUGCCGAAUCGCCAAAGAAGCCAUUCGACUCUCCAAAACCUGUUAUCUACUCUCCUCCAAUGUCCUCAAGUUCUUCUCUUCCAGAACAACCGCCGCCGCCUCCUCCGGUUGCGGUUCAGUCUCCACCUCCGUCUUAUUCGCCAGAACCGCCUUCACUGCACUCUCCACCUACACCAAAUGCCGAAUCGUCAAAGAAGCCAUUCGACUCUCCAAAACCUGCUAUCUACUCUCCUCCAAUGCCCUCAAGUUCUUCUCUUCCAGUGCAACCACCGCCGCCGCCGGCGGUUGCGGUUCAGUCUCCACCUCCGACAAUCUAUUCGCCAGUGCCGCCUUCACUGCACUCUCCACCUACACCAAAUGCCGAAUCACCAGAGAAGCCAUUCGACUCUCUAAAACCUGCGUACUCUCCUCCAAUGUCCUCAAGUUCUUCUCUCCCAGUACAACCACCGCCGCCGCCGGCGGUUGCGGUUCAGUCUCCACCUCCGUCGAUCAAUUCGCCAGUACCACCUUCAGUGCACUCUCCACCUACACCAAAUGCCGAAUCACCAAAGAAUCCAUUCGACUCUCUAAAACCUGCCUACUCUCCUCCAAUGCCCUCAAGUUCUUCUCUCCCAGUACAACCACCGUCGCCGCCGGUUGCGGUUCAGUCUCCACCUCCGUCGAUCUAUUCGCCACCACUUUCAGUGAACUCUCCGCCUACACCAAAUGCCGAAUCACCAAAGAAGUCAUUCAGCUCUCCCCCUCAUUCUCUACCGUCGCCGUUAGCCUACUCUCCUCCUAUGCCCUCAACUUCUUUUUCAUCGCCGCCUGAGCCACCAACGAAUCUACUGCCUCCAAUUGCUGAAUUUAGCUAUGCAUCUCCACCACCACCGUUUUACCCCGGAUACAAAUAA